AUGAUUACUGGUCGUGGAGGCGCCAUGCGUGGCAGCGGCGCUGGCCGCAUUCGGCCACCCAGAAGACUCAACGCUGCCGUCAAGGACUCAACAACCGCCACCGAUGACUUCGAGUUCAAUUGGCAAAAGCUGAAAUCGGCGAUUCAAGAUAUCCACCUUAAGAAUACCGGUGCCCUUACCUUUGAGCAGCUUUACCGUCACGGCUACAAGAUUGUCAUUCUGAAACUAGCCGACCGACUCUACGAUAACGUCAAGGCUCUCGAGGCCGACUGGUUCACUCAACAUGUCAGUCCUACCAUUUUCGAACAUGUCACAGCCAACCUCAUCAACGUCACGCUCGGUGCAGGUAUCGGCUUAUCCGUCAUAGAACGCCGGUCCAUGGGCGAGAAGUUCCUCAAGGUUAUCAGAGAGUCAUGGGAAGAGCACAAUACCGCCAUGAACAUGAUUGCAGAUAUCCUCAUGUAUCUGGAUCGCGCUUUGAAUACCUCGAAUCGUCCAACCAUUUUCGCCGCUACCAUUGGUCUCUAUCGGGAUCAAAUUCUUCGCAACGGUCCUCGAUCAGCAGAGGAUGGGACUGUGGUCUGCACUAUCUCGGCUGUCCUGAAUGCCACCAUUAUUGAUCACAUCAACAUGGAAAGAGAAGGUGAUGCGAUCGACAAGUCCUUGCUGCGAAGUUGCACCGGCAUGCUCGAGGCUCUCCACCAGACCGAUGAAGAGAUUGAAGAUGAGAAAUUGUAUCUCACAGAUUUCGAGCCGGAAUUCCUUCAAAAGAGCCGUGACUUUUACAAGGCAGAGUGCGAAAAGCUCCUCCAGGAGGCAGAUGCCAGUGCUUGGCUUCGAUGCGCACAGCGACGUUUGGAGGAAGAGGAAGCCCGGUGUGCCACGACUAUUUCUCCACUGACCAAGGAUCGAAUUGCACAAGUGCUCGACGACGAGUUGAUUGGAAAGCACCUCAGAGAGUUUAUGAACCUCGAAAGCAGUGGUUUCAAGAUCAUGGUCGACAACGAUCGCUUGGAUGAUCUCGCCAUACUCUACCGCAUGGUGACCCGGGUGGAUAGCAAGAGAGAUGCUCUUCGUGACGCCCUAGCAGAGCGCGUAUCAGCUCUGGGAUACGAGAUUGAGACAAAGCUCAAGAACACUGACUUCUCCGUGGCCCAGUCUGCCGAAGAAGCUGCCCCUGAGGGAGAUGAUAAGGCUGGUGCUCGUGAGAAGCCAAAGGCCAAAGCGCCCAGUGCCUCAGCGCAACAGACUGCCGCGGCGCUCAGAUGGGUAGCUGAUGUUCUCGCCUUGAAGGAUCGAUUCGACGGUCUGUUGAAGCAAUGCUUUGCCGACGACUUGAUACUCCAAACUGCCCUCGCCAAGAGCUACACAGACGUCAUCAAUAUGUUUGAUCGCAGCGCCGAGUUUCUCUCUCUUUUCAUUGACGAUAAUUUAAAGCGUGGAGCCCGAGAGCGGACGGAGGCAGAAAUUGAUGACAAUCUGCAAAAGGCAACCGAGCUUCUUCGUUUCAUUCGUGACAGAGACAAGUUUGAAUUAUAUUACCAGAAGCAUUUGGCGAAGCGGCUUUUGCAACAGAAAGCCGGGGCAUCUGACAAGGAGGAUGCCAUGCUCGCGCGCAUGCGAUUGGAAAUGGGCAAUCAAUUCACGCACAAAUUCGACGGCAUGUUCAAGGACAUGAAGAUCUCCAAGACCGAGACCGAUAAGUUCGUUGCUCAUGUCAAGGAGAACCGCAAGCCUGGCGAGACCUCAGUUGAGCUUUCCAUCAAUGUUCUGGGCGGCAAUAACUGGCCAAUGGAGAUCAUGGGAAGACAGGCGGAUGGCCAGGGACGCGCGGAUAUAAUAUAUCCAAGGGAGAUCCGGGACACGCAGGAGGCCUUCUUCAAGUUUUAUUGCAGGCAUCAUGAGGGACGGCAACUGUCCUGGAUUGGUGCUGCUGGAACUGCAGAUAUCAGAUGUGUCUUUCCUCGGGUUCCAGGCAAAGCUCCUGCCCUGAACAAAGAGCGCACCUAUGACCUCAGUGUCUCUACAUACGGCAUGGUCGUUCUCUUACUUUUCAACGACCUGCCCGAAGACCAGUGGCUUACCUUCAAUGAAAUACAGUGCGAAACAAACAUACCUCAGAAUGAUCUGAUCAAUGUCUUGACAUCAUUGUCUGUCAUAAAAGCCACGAGGGUCCUCCGCAGAGAGCCCGUAUCCAAUCGUGCCGUCAAGUCUACUGACAAAUUCUCCUUCAACAACGAAUUCCACAGCAAACUAGUCAAGAUCAAGGUGGCAUCGGUCAAUAUCUCCAGCAAGGUGGAGAACGAGGAGGAGCGAAAGCAGACCGACGACAAGACCCUCGAGCAACGAAGAUAUGUCAUAGACUGUGCCAUUGUCCGUAUCAUGAAGUCCCGCAAGGAAAUGCUCCAUUCAGACCUCAUGACUGAAGUGAUUCGGAUUCUGGCCCGUCAGUUCCAGCCUAAUGUGAAGCUUAUCAAAGAGCGUGUCGAAGACCUCAUUGGCAGAGAGUAUCUCGAGCGAGCUGCGAUCCAAGGCGAUGAACAACAAGCGUACCACUAUGUGGCAUAG